AUGAGCUACUACGGCCAGCAGAGCAACUACUUCUACGACGCCUCGGACUCCCAAGACCAGGCAACCUCUCCAGCUGCGUAUCAACACGACAGUUACUCCUGGCCCCUUGCCCGGGGCGUCAGCUCUGGGGGUAGUUCUACCGCCUCAACCGUCCCUGAGUCUCCCAUGCAGAGUGGUUACUACUCUGCUCAACAACAGGAUCCUGCAUAUCAACAAGGCCCUGCCUACCCACAAGACUCUACCUAUCAGGAUUCUUAUUACUCGGCCUACUCUGCAGGUUCAGAGGAUACCAAUGUUCCUCGGGGCGAUGGUCACUCCGGUCCAGACAAUAUGUGCCUUGCCCCUGGCUGCAAUGCGAAGCCCUUCAAGCGCACUGCCGAUCUUCAGCGCCACUAUAGGAACAUUCACAAUCCCGAUUUGACCAAAGAGGCGCACUUUUGCGACUACCCAAAAUGCACCCGCGCCAGCGAGCCUUUCCGUCGUCGUGAUCACUUCCGCGACCACUUGCGCGAGUACCAUCGUGAGGAUAUCCAGAAGCGUGGCGUCGUGGUCAACGAAGAGUGGCUCGAGGAUCGAUACUAUUCCGACAAGUGGUGGCGAUGCCCGCGAUGCCUCAUCCGCGUCUACACCUCCAAGGAUGAGUACGAAUGCCCCAAGUGCAAGGGGUCAUGUGAGCCCAAGCGCAAGGAGAAGCGCCGCAGCCGAUCUUGA